AAAGAGCUCACACACGGCUCUGUCCGGCCAGCAGAAACCUCAGCUAGGCUACCAGUCAGCCAGGAAAUGUGCUUUUAACGUUUUUGGAACAAGAAAAAAAAAAGAAAGAAAGAAAUCACACAGACCCAAGUGCUGCAACUCGCAACCUUACGUAAUUUGCUCCUUGAGUUACUAGUUUGAGGUGGUGGUUGUUGCAGAUUCACUGACGUUGAAAGCCGCACCGGAGACAGAUGUUUGGUUCUCCUUCUCAGAGACGCUGAGCGGCUGUGCUGUAGUACGUUAGCGGACACACUGGCUGCUCGAGCCCGUAGUGAAACUUCAGAGUUGGACUAAAGUGUCUGUUCUUCGCCCUGAAGCUGAGAGAGUAGAGCUGGACUCCGUGAUGGUUGUACUGCUGUCACUCAGGUUACUGCUUGUAGGAGUUGUAGUAGGUCUGACUUCAGCCGCUCUGGCUGGUGACACAAGUAAAGAAGAUUUCUUGAAAAGCCGUUUGAAGGAGUAUGGGCUUGUCACUCCAAUCAGCACCGAUUCUGAGGGCCACUUCCUGUCGCACCUCCUUUCGGCCAAUCACAAGCAACGCAUCAAGCGUGACGUGCCGGCCGGCUCAGAGCCUGCAGGAGAGAGGCUGUUCUUUAACAUCACCGCCUUUGACAAGGAAUUCCACCUGCGCCUGCGCCCCAACAAGAGGCUGGUGGCUCCAGGUGCCAUGGUGGAAUGGCAUGAUGAGGUGGAAGCAUCUCACAACAGCACAGAGAAUGGCACGCGCACCGAGAGGAUUCUGAGGAGGGAGCUGCUGAAGACGGACUGCACCUUCAUCGGCGACAUCACUGACGUUCCCGGAGCCUCUGUCGCCAUAAACAACUGUGACGGCCUGGCUGGCAUGAUCCGUACUGACUCUGAUGAAUAUAUCAUCGAACCUCUGGAGCGUGGCACACAGGAGAAUGAGGAGAACGGGCGAGUUCAUGUGGUCUACAGAAGAUCGGCUCUAUUUCAAGCUCCUUCGGAUGUCUCUGUGGACUACCAACCUCUUGAGCCUGAUCUUCAUGUGCCAGGGUUGCUGGACAGCAUCGGCAAACAAGUCAACCACACGGUCAGGAAACGUAGACAUGCUGGUGAUGAUAAAUACAGCAUCGAGGUGCUUCUUGGCGUCGACGAUUCCGUUGUGCGCUUUCAUGGAAAGGAGCAUGUACAGAACUAUCUGCUUACACUGAUGAACAUUGUGAAUGAGAUAUACCAUGAUGAGUCACUAGAUGCGCACAUCAACGUCGUGCUUGUGAGGAUGAUCAUGCUUGGUUAUGCAAAGUCCAUUAGCCUCAUUGAGCGGGGCAACCCGUCACGCAGCCUGGAGAACGUUUGCCGCUGGGCUUUCGUACAGCAGAAAGAAGACCCUGAGCACUCAGAGCACCAUGACCACUCCAUCUUCCUCACCCGCCAGGGCUUCGGCCCCACCGGCAUGCAGGGAUAUGCACCAGUCACUGGGAUGUGCCAUCCGGUCCGCAGUUGCACCCUCAAUCAUGAAGAUGGCUUCUCCUCUGCCUUUGUGGUGGCUCACGAGACUGGACAUGUGCUGGGCAUGGAGCAUGAUGGACAGGGCAAUCGCUGUGGUGAUGAGACAGCCAUGGGGAGUGUCAUGGCCCCUCUGGUGCAAGCAGCCUUCCACCGCUAUCACUGGUCCAUGUGCAGUGGACAAGAACUGAAGAGAUACAUUCAUUCCUAUGACUGCCUGAUGGAUGAUCCCUUUAAGCAUGACUGGCCACAACUCCCUGAACUUCCUGGCAUCAACUACUCCAUGGAUGAGCAGUGUCGCUUCGAUUUUGGAGUUGGAUACAAAAUCUGCACAUCAUUCCGCACAUUUGAUCCUUGCAAGCAGCUGUGGUGCAGUCACCCAGACAACCCUUACUUCUGCAAAACCAAAAAGGGACCCCCGCUGGAUGGCACUGAGUGUGCGCCUGGGAAGUGGUGCUACAAAGGUCACUGCAUGUGGACGAACGCCAACCAGGUGAAGCAGGAUGGAGCAUGGGGCACCUGGACAAAGUACGGCUCAUGCUCGCGCUCUUGCGGGACAGGUGUGCGCUUCAGGACACGGCAGUGCAACAACCCAGUUCCAUCUAAUGGUGGUCAAGACUGCCCAGGGGUGAACUAUGAGUUCCAGCUGUGCAACACGGACGACUGCUCCAAGCACUUUGAGGACUUCAGGGCUCAGCAGUGUCAGCUUCGCAACUCACACUUUGAGUACCAGAAUGCUAAACACCACUGGCUGCCCUACGAGCACCCGGAUGUCAACAAAAGAUGUCACCUGUACUGCCAGUCGAAGGAGACGGACGACGUGGCGUACAUGAAGCAACUGGUGCACGACGGGACGAGAUGCUCCUACAAGGAUCCCUACAGCAUCUGCGUGCGAGGAGAGUGUGUGAAAGUUGGAUGUGACCGAGAGAUUGGCUCCAACAAGGUAGAGGAUAAGUGCGGGGUGUGCGGAGGGGAUAACUCCCACUGCAGAACCGUGAAGGGAACCUUCACCAGAACUCCCAAGAAAACCGGUUACCUAAAGAUGUUCCUCAUCCCCCCUGGGGCUAGACAUGUAAUCAUCCAAGAAAAUGAGGCCUUCCCUCACAUUCUUGCUGUGAAGAACCAGGCCACAGGACAUUACAUCCUGAAUGGUAAAGGGGAGGAGGUCAGAUCUCACAGCUUCAUCGACCUUGGAGUGGAGUGGGAUUACGUCAACGAAGACAACAUUGAGACUCUGCACACGGAUGGGCCGCUACAUGAUGCAGUCAUUGUUCUGAUUAUACCAAAGGACAAUGAGACAAGAUCCACUCUGAUGUAUAAAUACAUCAUACAUGAAGACUCAGUCCCGGUCAACAACAACAAUGUUAUCCAGGAGGACACAUAUGAGUGGGCUCUGAAGAGCUGGUCCCCGUGUUCACGACCUUGUGCUGGAGGAUUUCAAUAUACCAAGUAUGGAUGCCGUAAGAAAGGUGACAGUAAGAUGACUCACAGGAGCUACUGUGAUGUCAAUAAGAAGCCCAAACCCAUCCGCAGAAUGUGCAACUUACAGGACUGCACACAGCCACAGUGGAUAGCUGAGGAGUGGGAGCACUGCACUAAAACCUGCGGCAGCCUGGGCUAUCAGAUCCGUACUGUUCGCUGCAUGCAGUUCCUCCACACGGGGACCAAUCGCUCCAUCCACAGCAAGUACUGCAGCGGGGAGAAGCCUGAGGCCAGAAGGCCCUGUAACAGAGCGCCUUGCCCUGCCCAGUGGAGGACUGGGGCCUGGUCUGAGUGCUCAGUGACCUGCGGAGAGGGGGUGGCUUGGCGGCAGGUUACAUGCCGUAUCGGAGAUCAAUGCAGUGGGGAGAAACCAGAAUCACAAAGACCUUGCCGGCCAGGCCCUUGCCACGAUGAACCAUGUGGAGGAGACAAGUCUAUUUUCUGUCAGAUGGAAGUCCUGGCCCGCUACUGCUCCAUUCCAGGUUACAGCAAGCUGUGCUGCGAGUCAUGUAGUAAGAGGAGUCUCAGCAGCCUCCUACCAGAGGCUGCUGAGACGGAGGAAGAGCUGCGUUUUGGCUCUGCUUCACAGCUCCUGGAGUCCCUUACGGCUUCCGUCAAUGGCACCCUCAAGCUGCCUCCCCAGAGCCCUCGUGGAUCAGGCCCAGCUAGCCGCAAAGCCAAGCAAACUUCCACCACUGCACCACACAGAACAAACAGCUACAGUAAGACUCCUAAACGCCCCACACAGGCCACCAAACCCCGUGCCAGGAACCUGCCUGCUGUGGCACUUCACGGACAUUCCACCAAUGCCACAUCUCGGCAGCUGGAUGGUUCCCGAGACAACAGGUGGCCCAAGGCGAUAUCCGAGGUGGAAAGAUGAAGGCGAACUUGAACUGGUGUUUUUUUGUUUUUGUUGUUUUUUUCCCUUCCUGGACUCUUUUUUUUGUUUUGUAGAUAUAAUAUAUUAGCUUUAUCCCUUGACUUACUUCAGAUCUUGCUUAUGAGAGAUUUUAGAGAGAGUGAGAGAGUAAAGUGCUGGUUCACUUUCUGGUUUCCUCCCGACAGCAGUCAUUCUGCAUUCACACUAGUCAGCCUUCACAUUGCCGUUUUGGGACAAAGCACCAAAGAUGAUCUUUUGAAAGCAAUCCGAUGUCCCUUUUCAAAAGCUUGGUUUACAAAGGUUUUGCACAUUAGCAUAUGCUAAAGAGACACCAGUGGUACGUGAUAGAAAAUGCUUCUAGUUAUAUAGAAUUUCAAAAUUCAGCGUUCCUUUUUUUGUUACUGGCUCCAAACAUUUUAUUUGUUUAACGAACAGAUAUUUAUGAAUGUUCCUGUAAAUACUGUAUGUGUAAAAGUCAGUAUUAUUUUUUACUAAAACAUGGUGCAAAUUUUUUUUUACUAUUCACUUACAUUUUCUACAUGACAGCUAAAGUAUCUGAUAUGUUUUCAAUUUUCCCUGUCAAAACAGACCAGCCAGUGGAAAAACCCAAGAACGGAUUCAUCAUUCUUUGAACACUUCGAAUACCUGUGUCCAUCAAGGGAUUUAUCAUAAGCUUUUGUCUCUGUAACUGCAUCAACAAUUAAUGUCAAAGCUGAAUUUUCCUGUUAUCCUGUACUGUAUUCUCUUUUGUCACUAAAGGUUUAUUUCACCAGCAAAGGAGCUGAAUGCCAAGACACAUUUAGAUGUCAAAAUGCUGUUGGGUGGCUGCGUAGGAGUCCAUCACAUGCACAGCAAGGUGCACAGGACAUGCAAAGCUGUAUUUUGAAGGCGCUGAGCAGGAACAUGGACCUUUUUUUGUGAGGAACAUAUUGUACGCAUUGCGCUUUUGCCUGCAAGAUUUCGGAAGAAAGAUAUUUAUUGUUUUUUAAACCAAGGGUUACGUCUCAACCACAAUGCAUCUGACUGCAAUAGCAAAUAACCUCCAUGUACAUGUAAGCGGAGCCCGAACGUACAGGAACCAUUCACUCACGCUCGCCUGUGUGCUACUGUAUAGCUCUUGUAUAUAGGAUUGAUAUCUUUAGAGUAUUUAUUGAGUUCCUAGACUGUUUUAUGUCCAGCAUCCCUUCUGUACAAGCCAAAAAAGAUAAAGAAACCAAAUUUGCUGGUCAUCUGCAAACUGAUGCUUGAAUUUUCACUGAAGUUUCCCUGCUGGCGAGUUAAGAAGUUAGAAAUUAGAAGUAGCAUCAACUUUAGAUACAUGUACCGAAAGGUUUAUGGAGAAAGCUGUCUCAUGCAGCUGUUUCAGCAUAGCAUUUAGUGUAGAGGCCCAACAAAGCUGUCGCUCACAGCUGUUUUCUUACAGUUAAGUAGUGUUGAUUCAUGAAAUACAAAGAUUCCGAAAUCCAUAUGGAUAUCAUUCCAAUUGGCUAACACAGACAAACAUGAAAAAUGUUGACGCUUGUAGAUUUUUUUUUUCCUAGAAACAAACAUUUUUGAAACAUUUUCACUGUAAUGUCAGUGACUUGCUGCCUAUGAUGACUUGGCUGCUAAUGUUAUGCAAAGCUUUUAAAGUCCCAAAAGGAUGCUAGUACUUUAGUGUAGUUUUUUUUUCCCCAAAUGACAAUCCCUGAGCCUCAGACAGAUCCGCUGUAUAGAAUACAAUGCGUAUCUAUCCCCAGUGCUACCUGUGCAUUUAACAAUUAAUUAAUGCUCCGACUAGCUGGCAGUUUCUAACAGCUUGCAGUCCUUUCUCUGUUUAUUUGUACUUAUAUUUGUUAGUUGUAAUUGAAGUGUACACUACUGAUGCUGUUUGUUGUAAUGGGGAGCACAUAGCAAUAAAGAACAUACUAAACAUUCA